AUGCAUGAAGCAAGAGUAGCACGUAAUUUGGGGAAGACUUUGCGUGCUUUCCAGCCAACUAUUAGGGAGCUUCAGGAAGUGCCUAAAGACUUCAAGAGCACCCUUGAGCAGGAGAUUGGAAUUGAUGAAGUUGUCUCUCCUAGGAAUUACAUCAACAAAUCUGCCUUACACGUUGAUGAAAAACAAGAAACUGUGGACUGUGAGGGCAAAGAAGAACAGCAGCUGGCUGCCUCUGAUGCCAUAUCUAAAGGUAUCACAUCUCAAAAAGCACUUCAGAAACUUAAUUUAGCUGCAAUGACAACUGAAACAAGCAUUGUCCAAUCGGAUGUGGACACACAAUCUUCAGAGAAGUCGGAUAACCAGAGAUGA